AUGAAGGAGAGGAACAAGAGGGAGGAGAGGAACGAGAGGGAGGAGAGGAACAAGAGGGAGGAGAGGAACGAGAGGGAGGAGAGGAACAGAGUAGCUGGAGAGGAGCUGGAGUCUGGGAACUGGGCACAGGCGCUCUCUGCUGCCAGGAGCCCCAAAAAUGUGUCCGAACAACAACGCGCACUGUACAGGUCCAUCAUAAAGACGCCUGUGUUCCAGUGGAAAGACUGA